UACAGGUUCACCUUACGUUUACUCAGCGGUAGUAUCGACGCAAGUAUCCAAUGUCAAGGGAAGCUGCAGUGUGUCACCCCCCCUCCUCGCGCUCAUGUUUAUGUGCCCCUGUCAGCUGUGUCUCCUCUCUUGCGCAAACUCCGGACUUCGAGCAGAGGCGAGAGCUUUAUCUUCCUUAUCACUUCGUUUCGCUCUCUUGAUCAACCCAUUUUGGACCUUGAUCGGAUUCGACGCGGUCCACACUUUUUCUUAUUUUGACCCCCUCCCUCUUUGACUGUGAAACAUGACGUUAAAUUGCAAUAAACACGAACCCGCGGUCACUCUGGAGCGUGUGAACAGCGCGCGCACGGCUCUCUCGGAUCUCUAUUUGGAACAACUGCUGCAGCCCAAACCCAAGUCAGAGAAGGCCGCCAUGCAGACAUAUGACAGUAAAAGGCAGGACAUCUACACCAAUGGAGGCGCAGGGCAUGUCAACGGCAAAGAGUCAACCAAGAUGCGAGAGGUGGCUUUUGAGAAGAACCCUUCUGAACCACUGGGUGUUACUCUUAAACUUAAUGAAAAACAGAGGUGUAUGGUGGCCAGAAUUUUACACGGCGGCAUGAUACACAGACAAGGUUCUUUGCAUGAAGGAGAUGAAAUCGCCGAAAUCAAUGGCAAAAGCGUCUCUAGUCAAAGUGUAGAUCAGCUGCAGAAGAUUCUGAAAGACACAAAUGGUGUUGUCACACUGAAAGUUAUCCCUAAUCAGCAAGGUCGCUCUAUGCCGUGUGAGAUGUACAUGAGAGCACAGUUUGACUAUGACCCGGCCAAAGAUGACCUCAUCCCGUGCAAGGAAGCUGGCCUGAAAUUCCAGACGGGUGACAUCAUUCAAAUAAUCAAUAAGAAAGAUCCAAACUGGUGGCAGGGAAAGGUGGAUAGCUCCUCCACUGACUUUGCUGGACUCAUACCUUCUCCAGAACUUCAGGAAUGGCGAGUAGCAAGCAAGAGCAAAGCAACACGGGAAGCUGGUCAGUCAUGCAGUCCUUUUGGAAAGAAGAAGAAAUGCAAAGACAAGUACCUUGCCAAACACAGCUCAAUCUUUGACCAGCUUGAUGUAAUAUCCUAUGAGGAGGUAGUGAGACUUCCUGCUUUCAAUAGAAAAACUCUCGUUCUCAUUGGUGCACCUGGAGUUGGAAGGAGCCAUAUUAAAAAUUCCCUGCUGAGCAAAUAUCCGGAGAAGUUUGUCUAUCCAGCUCCCCACACCACCAGACCUCCAAAGAAAGACGAGGAGAACGGCAAGGAAUAUUAUUUCAUUUCUAAUGAUGAGAUGACCAGAUGUAUCGUCGGAAAUGAGCUGCUUGAAUAUGGCAGCCACCAGGGCCACAUGUUUGGAACCAAAAUUGAAACUGUUCACAAGAUCCACGAACAAGGGAAGAUUGCAGUGCUGGAUGUGGAACCUCAGACUCUCAAAGUGCUCAGGACGGCAGAGUUUGCUCCUCUAGUGAUGUUCAUUGCUCCUACCAACACCGCCAAUCAGUCCGAUGCGGUACAGGCUAUCCAGAAGGAGUCGGACAGUAUUCUGUGUUCAUACAGCCACUUCUUUGAUGAAACGCUUGUGAACAACGAUGUGGAUGAGAGCGUUAAGGGUGUGGAGGAAGCCAUCGAGAGAGCCUCCUCGACCCCACAGUGGGUCCCAGUCUCCUGGGUGUAUUGAAACAGCCAAUCCCUGACCCCCACACGGCAGCGCCGUGGACAACACAAGACAGUUUGCACAUGUGUUUCACAGAAAGUUUGAAAUAGCAAUAAGUUUGUUCUUUUUGUUUAAUAUGCGAAUGAAAUGACAGAGCGCUAUAACUAUGUCAGUAAAGCAUCAAGCGAUGACGUUGUAAGUGAUGCAAACAGGACCUCUACUGUGAUUUUAAAAUACCACUCAGUUUGUUGGUUUUGAACGGUCUUCUCUGAAAGUUUUAUUUUGUUUUAUCCGUAUCAUGGUGUUAUUCAUAAAUAAAAUUGCAUUAUAUACUAAAACACAGGGAAAUCACAUGAACUAGUAUUUGGAAGAAAGAUUUAUCUUGAAAUGUUUCUCCAUAAUGAUAUAUGGAUGUACCUCAAGUCAUAAUGUUAAGGCACUUUUAAAUGGACUGAAUAAACUCUCUAAACUCCAA